AUGGAUACUAUGUCUCAGCGGGCUCUGGUCCAGGAACUGCUGUGUCCAGAGGGGGACCAUGGCCAGGCUGCAGCUGCUGAGGGCAGAGUACAGCAGUGCCCAGCUCAGCCUGCAGGAGGCGCUCAACCACAGCUUCCAGGACCCAGACGUGUGGCUCUGUACAGUCACCUGCACUACCAGACUGGGGAGCACAGGAAGGCUCAGGAGGGCUAUUAUGACCUGCUCAACAAAGGAGCAGACCUGAUGUCACGGGGACGAACCACCGUUGGGGGUGGAUGGACGAGGCCUCUCCCUCAGUGGAAGGAUGCUCUCCCAAGCCGGAGGCACGGUGAAGAGCCCACCUGUGAUCGGAGGUCCUCUCAUGGCUUGGCUACUGAGAGGGACCUUUUAGGACACAGAGGAGUCUUCACUCAUCACUCACUGAUUGGUCCUCAGGCAGGAGUCUUCACUCAUCACUCACUGAUUGGUCCUCUAGGCUCCUUGAUGGGUGGGGUUCUAGCGAUUCUGGAGGCAGCCCUCCCAAUCUGCCUCCUAGUCUGUCUCCUCAUCUUCCUCCACCUCGUCCAGACCAUCUUCCAAUCUACUCCAGACAGAAGGACAGACAGAGGGACAACAAGAGAGAUCAAGCUUCCUGACCGAAGCUUGGGAGAGUCUGGACACAUCAUUCAGCACCAGUCUACUAGGAUCCAAAGCAAAAUUGAAAAACCAGGCUUCAAGAGAGCCCCCAAGGGGGACCUGGUGCUCAAGGCCCCUGAGGCCCUGAGCACCAGCAGCGACCCCACCCCCUCUGCCAUCCGGUCGCCCCCCCCGUGCCAGCCCAAGGAAAAGGGGCUCCUGGGCUCGGUCGGGCAGCCGACCAGUCCCCAGGUCAUCAAGCCUGCAGCACCAGGAAAAACCCAUACAAAGAAAACCACAGCCAUGGAGCGAAUUGCCAGAUCGAAGUCAGAGAAGACGCAUCUUUACAAGUUGUCCAGAAAGGAGAAUAACAUUGAUAUUUACAAUCUAAAUAUGUCUGUUAUCAAUACUGGAGUCGGUCGUAAAUGUUGCUUUGGAAGCACACCACUUUCGGGAACACACAAAACUAUAAUGCUUGUGGGAGCAACAGGCUCAGGGAAAACAACACUCAUCAAUGCGAUGAUCAACUAUAUCCUGGGUGUAAAACAAAAGGAUCCAGUCAGAUUUGAACUGGUACCUAAGGAGUCUGAUCAAUCACAGGCUCACAGUCAGACCUCUGAGAUUACAGCCUAUCAGAUCAAUCACUGCAAGGAUUUUGCAAUUGACUUUUCUUUAACUAUCAUAGACACCCCUGGAUUUGGGGACACAAGAGGCAUUGCGAAGGAUAAAGAAAUUGUUGACAAGGUGAGAGAAUUCUUUUCUGCUAAAGAUGGCAUUAGUAGUAUUGAUGCAGUGGGAUUUGUGACCCAGUCCGCUUUGGUACGACUCACUCCAACUCAGAAGUACAUUUUUGAUUCGAUUCUUUCCAUUUUUGGAAAAGACAUUGAAGACAACAUUGUUCUCCUUGCUACCUUUGCUGAUGGGCAGGUUCCACAUGUGUUACAAGCUAUUCAAGAAGCAAACAUUCCAUGUGCCCGAAACAAAAAAGGCAUUCCUAUUUGCCUCAAAUUCAACAACUCUGCCUUGUUUGCUUCUAAUGAUGAAGCAGGGACAGUGGAGGCUCGUCAGGUGAGGAAGAGGAGGAUCAUCAUCAUCAGUGAAAUCAGGAGGACGUCCUCCGGUGGAGGGGGCUACCUGAUGUGUUUUCUUAGUGUCCACUAUAGAAGCAGGCCUUGCCUGCAGAGAAGCAGCUUCCUGAGACAGUGGAAGAGAACUUCCCCGGCCAACGGACACAACCGAAGGACGCUGACCUGA